UUUGUCAAAGUGGCGCUGCCCCACGUAUCGCCCUUUACGCGUUAGGCGGCCAUACUUCGCGUUUUGGUUGGCGAAGUCUUUUCUUUUAAAUCCCACUAGGUAUUAGGGAAUCCAUUGUAUUCUGAUCUAGAAAAAUGGUGCAGAAGAAGCCGAAGAAGAAGGUCGGGAAGAAGGUAGCUGCUGCUCCAUUGGCAGUGAAGAAAGUUGAGCCCAAAAAGCAGACCAAUCCACUUUUCGAAAAACGUACCCGUAACUUUGGCAUUGGUCAGGACAUUCAGCCUGCUCGCGAUCUCAGCAGGUUUGUUAAAUGGCCAAAGUACAUCCGCAUUCAGCGUCAAAGAGCUGUUCUUCAGAAAAGGUUGAAAGUUCCACCACCAAUCAACCAAUUCACACAGACCCUUGAUAAGCAAACUGCCUCGCAACUCUUCAAAAUUCUGGAGAAGUAUCGUCCAGAAUCAGCUGUUGCCAAGAAAUUGAGGUUGAAGGCAAGAGCGGAAGAGAAGGCUGCUAAAAAAGAAGAUACCCCAACUAAGAGGCCAAAUGUGCUACGCAGCGGUUCCAACACUGUGACAACUCUUGUGGAACAAAAGAAGGCCCAACUGGUCGUCAUUGCUCAUGAUGUCGACCCCAUUGAGGUUGUACUAUUCCUACCAGCCCUUUGCCGCAAGAUGGGAGUUCCCUAUUGCAUUGUGAAAGGCAAGUCUCGCUUGGGACGUCUCGUCAGGCGCAAGACUUGCACCUCUGUCGCUCUAACGCAGGUUGACUCUGGAGACAGGGCAAACUUCACGAAAGUGGUGGAGGCUAUUAAAACAAACUUCAAUGACCGUUACGAUGAGAUCAGACGUCAUUGGGGUGGUGGUCUUCUUGGUAGCAAGUCCGCUGCCAGGAUAGCUAAGUUGGAGAAGGCUAAGGCAAAGGAACUUGCCCAGAAGCAGGGAUAAUUUAAUAUUGCACCAUGCACUUUGGGUAUUGUAAACAUGUCUGGCCAAUUAAUAAAAAAAAUUAAAAACCAAUAA